AAUUGUCAAAAAGACGCGAAGAAAUCAGACAAGUGUAAAUAGCUGCACUGCAGUUUUGUAUUGUGUUUUUGAUUGUUUUAUUUAGAAUAAUUACUUAUUAGUAUAUUAAUUAUGGCACGUAUGAGCGCGUGUUAUUCCAGUCGAUCCAUAACAAGCCACCGGGGUCUAAACUACAUGAACGAUGCCGAGGAACUAUCGGACGCUGAACUGAUAAAAGCCGUGAACGAACUUAAACAGCUGAUCAAAAUCACUAAUCUGGAAAACGAUAUUCUGGAGAGGACUAUCAUGAGGUUAGUUUAUAUUUCCAGCCAUAUCAUUGUAAAACUAAAAGCCCAGCCAAGAUGAUGAUUAUACGACGCUAAGGAACACUCUGACGCUGAAUUAAUAAAAGCCGUGAACGAACUUAAACAGCUGAUUAAAAUCACUAAUCUGGAAAACGAUAUUCUGGAGAGGACUAUCAUGAGGUUAGUUUAUAUUUCCAGCCAUAUCAUUGUAAAACUAAAAGCCUAGCCAAGAUGAUGAUUAUAUGACGCUAAGGAAUAGUCUGACGCUGAAUUAAUAAAAGCCGUGAACGAACUUAAACAGCUGAUCAAAAUCACUAAUCUGGAAAACGAUAUUCUGGAGAGGACUAUCAUGAGAUUAGAACCAUCUCUGAUGAGCAACAUCCAGCAAGCCAUCGACUAUGCCAGCAAGCUGGCCAGCUCGCCCUCCAUAGGGGGCAGUUUCAUGAGGUCCCAGACCUCUAAGUUUGACUUCAGCCCGUCCAAGAUCCUUUCCAGUCCUUCUAGGGCCUCAACCAGAAGAGUGGAAUCAUCAGCCAAGAUAGGAGGGACGACAGUAUUCGGGGCAGGAACCAGGAUCAACGUAAUGGCUCGGUCUGAGCUAAUUAGCACCGAGAUGGAGAUAUUGAUGCAUAAGCUAACCAAUGCUAGGAAAAAGGCCGCUAAACAACAUGCAAUUCUAAAAGCUCAGUUAGAAGAGAUUGAACUUAGAGUAGUUGAUAUAGAAAAGGCAAGCGCAGCGUUCAACCAAGAAGUCAUCGUGGACGGCUGGGACAAGCUAGCACAGCGGAUCCCGGCUGAAAUCUGGAUAAGGUACAUGACAGAGUGGAUGAAGAUAUGCGACAGCCAGAUCGGCAAGCUUCGCCUCCGAACCAGCACCCUGAACACACAGUACGCCAAGUUCAAAGGCCAGAUCAAAGUCAAAGCCGAGCUGAAUGAUAGGCUAAGGCCUGUGGAUUUUGAUAAGAUUAAAAUAGAGAAUCAGGAAGCGUUGGCAACGAUAGAGAGGAAAACUAAACAGCUGGAGGAAUUGAAAAAGAUGACAGGAGACGCGAACCUCAACCUGACAGUGCACAAAAAAGCGAUGUGGGAGCAAAACUCGUACUUGGCCAAGAUAAUAGACACAAUAAAAACGAAAGAGCGGCAGACGAUAGCUAUUGAUAAAGAGAGAGAGGUUAUACAAGUGGAGGCUGAUGCUUUGGCUGCCAGGUUGACGGAGGUGAAGAAAGUCCGAAACGCGUAUGAAGUCCCCGAUAUAAUGGAGUACGUGGCCGUGAAGGCGGCGUUGGGAGACCUGCAGAAGGGCGCCAAGCUUCUGGAGAACAGGCUCCGGGUCCAGCACAUCGCGCUCACCUCGCUGCAGAGCAAACUACGGACCAUGAAGGCUUAGUGUUCAUUUGAGUAUUUGUAUAUUAAAAUCUUUUAAACCCUUUA